GUUUCUAAUAAAAUAAGGGGCAGUUUCGGUUGUUGAUGAUGCUCAGCUCAUCAAGCUGACGGCGACCGCCACCUUUCCUUCCUUCUUCGCCGCUCUAGGAUUCUUAUACUACAGUUACGGUCGGAGAGAGUGAGAUAUUCCGAGUGAGUGCCGUGUAGGAAAGUUUGAGAGAAGUUGCGCUUGCGCAUGCUAGCUAGAGGUAGAAAAUGGCGGUGCCGGAGUCGUCUGAGGGCCACCGUACGGCUUCUCGGCGAGCAAAUCGACCGCUUGUCGGACCUAGGGUUCCACUGAGACGGUUACUAAGAGUCGCAUCUGUCGCAUGUGGAAUUCAAUUCGGUUGGGCUUUGCAGCUUUCUCUUCUCACUCCUUAUAUUCAAGAGCUUGGUAUUCCUCACGCUUGGUCUAGUCUCAUAUGGCUCUGUGGACCGAUUUCUGGUCUCUUUGUUCAACCGCUCGUUGGUCAUAUGAGCGAUCACUGCACCAGCCGAUACGGUCGUCGGAGGCCGUUCAUCGUCGCUGGAGCGCUUUCUAUAGUACUCGCUGUUUUGAUUAUUGGCCACUCUGCAGACCUCGGUUGGUGGAUUGGUGACAGAGGUGAUGUUAGACCUCGUGCGAUUGUAUUCUUUGUGAUUGGCUUCUGGAUUCUCGAUGUAGCUAACAACGUUUCCCAAGGUCCUUGUAGAGCUCUGCUUGCUGAUCUUACCGGAAAGGAUCAUCGAAGGAAUCGAGUGGCAAAUGCUUAUUUUUCUCUAUUUAUUGCUGUUGGCAAUAUUUUUGGAUAUGCAACUGGAUCUGUUAGUGGCUGGUACAAGAUCUUCCCAUUUACUCUCACCUCUGCAUGUUCUGUUAAUUGUGCAAAUCUCAAGUCAGCUUUCUUGAUUGAUAUCGUGUUCAUUGCAAUUACAACAUAUUUGAGUGUAUCAGCAGCUCAAGAGAUACCUCUAGUUUCAAACGGUAGGCCCUCCCUGGUUUUAGAAGAAAGUAUGGGGGAGUCAGGUCAUGCUUCAGAAGCAUUUUUCUGGGACUUGUUUCACACUUUUAGACACUUCUCUGGGUAUAUAUGGGUAAUUUUGCUUGUCACUUCCCUGACAUGGAUAGCAUGGUUUCCAUUUAUUCUCUUUGAUACUGAUUGGAUGGGUAGAGAGAUUUAUGGUGGCAAGCCAAAUGAAGGACAGACUUAUAGUUUGGGAGUCAGAAUGGGAGCAUUUGGUCUGACGUGUAACUCUGUUGUCCUCGGAAUAACUUCAUUACUUAUGGAGAAGCUGUGCAGAAAGUGGGGUGCUGGUUUCAUAUGGGGAAUCUCUAAUAUUUUCAUGGCUAUAUGUUUUCUUACUAUCCUGGUUGUUACGUAUGUGGCAAACAAUAUGGGCUAUAUAGGUCAUGAUCUCCCACCAAAGAGUAUUUUAUCAGCAGCAUUGAUUAUCUUUGCUCUUCUUGGCGCCCCUUUGGCAAUUACUUAUAGUGUUCCAUAUGCCAUGAUCUCCUCACGCGUUGAAUCUUUACAACUUGGUCAAGGUUGUGGUGUCCCUGGGAAGUGGACCAUGGGAUCAGCUGUUUGGUGGUGGAAACUCUCCAGCUUUUGCUGUGGCAGCACUUGCAGCUUUUGCAAGUGGACUCAUUGCCAUCUUGGCUCUUCCUCGGUCUGGUGCUCAGAACCCCAGAAACCUCACAUGAGAGAGUUCUGGUGUUUGAUACUUACCCUUCACCUACAUCAACUGAUAGAGCCAAAGACACAUGGGAUCUGACAUUGGGUUGUGUUAUGAGUUUCAGAGAAGUAAUAUCUUAUACAAAGGAAACAAAUGAAAAAAUGGUCCUUUUGUGCAGCUGCUGCUCAGAGUGAUAAAGAGAAGUUUCUGGCUUGUUGAUGAUGGUAGGGCUGUGUGCCUCAGCUAAGGACACAGUCCCCCCAACUUCUCUUCCCUCUAUAGAGACAGCCUCAUCUGUGUUGGGAGAAAAGGGAUACAUAUUUAAUGGUUUUAAUUGGUUCACCUAAAUCUGUGUGUUCCCUUUCUCCCAUCUGCUCCUUCUUCACACAGCCAUUCCACUGUCACCUCCCCCAUUAACAUACAUACUCUCUUCUCUUAUCAGGUGGUCCCAUUCUUAAUACACAGCAGCAUCAGCAGCAGCAUUACCCAUGAAGAAUCCUCUUUUCUUUUUUAAUCAUCUAUAACCAAAUAAGAUGACAAACUCUUCUUGGGGUUUCUUUUUUUCUUCCUUUUUUUGCAUUUUUAAGUAUCCUCCUUGUGAUGAUGGAUUUUGACCACCCCUCCUUUCUUCACAAAAAUUCACUCCUAAUCUCCUCUCCUUUGGUUGUUUUUAUUGUUAUUAGGCUAUCAUUCUCCUUCCUCCUCCUCCUCCUAAGCCCAAAGGUUUUACCCACCUGGAAUAAUAAUAUUAUUAUUAAUAAUAAUAGGUCCAAAUCAACUAAUGGGGUAGAGAUGUUAGCCCAUUUCAAGUCUGGAUUCCUGCAAGAAAAAUACAGGAGGGAAAGAGAAGUAAAGAGGUGUUCCAUCCAUUGUAAAUUGUGAUCAUCUCAUGGCCCCCACCCUUUUUUGAUUGUUAGUCUAAAAUAGUAUUGUAAUUAUUGAUUGGAAUGAUGUUAUUAGGGGUUUAAUUUGUCACAAAAUCUCCAAGAGGGGAUCACAAAAUCUUAACAAUCCUAUUCCACUUCCAAAGGGGCUUAAAAACAAUCUCCACCCCCCACACCAUAAGUGUAUGCAUGUAUAUUAUUAUUAUUAUUCCUUCCCAAUCAACAUCCUUCACUCCUUUU